UCAAUUGCUCCCAAAUAGCCCACUGUGGCCUGCUGUCAAGGAGCGAUUUGCCGUGAAUAACAUUGUGCAGGUGUUGUGCAACAAUAAAGUGGAAACCACAAUAAAUCGGCGUAAAACAGAACCGAACCGGCAGCGUUUGUGUGUGUAUGUGUUUGUCUGUUGUUGGUCUCACAGAUAAGGACCCUCUCGAUUACGCGCGCCCUUCAUCGCCCUCAACCUCUCCAGCACGCGGCCUGCCUGCCUACCUCCAUCACACUCGCUGACGUUCCACGCGUACCGAAAUCCGGUUUUGUUCCCUCUGCUGCUUGCGGGUGUGUGCGCGCGCGAUUACUCGAUGCAUUCGUUCGUGCGUUCGUCGUGUGCCGUCGUCAAAAACUCCUUUGUGCUGAACCAGUGCGGACGUCCCGUGUUGCUGAACGCUGCUGCUACAUUCCACACGUCGAAGAUGGUGCAAAUUAAGGAAGGUGACAAGAUUCCCUCGAUCGACCUGUUUGAGGAUUCACCCGCCAACAAGGUAAACAUGGCGGACCUGUGCGCCGGCAAGAAGGUGAUCCUGUUUGCCGUCCCCGGCGCCUUCACGCCCGGCUGCUCCAAGACGCACCUGCCCGGGUACGUCGAGAAGGCGGGCGACCUGAAAUCGUCCGGCGCUACCGAGAUUGUGUGCGUGUCUGUGAACGAUCCGUUCGUGAUGUCGGCCUGGGGUAAGCAGCACAACGCGACCGGCAAGGUGCGCAUGCUGGCCGACCCGGCCGCCGCCUUCACGAAGGCGCUCGAGCUCGGGGCCGAUCUGCCGCCGCUCGGAGGGCUGCGCUCCAAGCGCUACUCGAUGGUGCUGGAGGACGGUGUCGUGAAGUCGCUCAACGUCGAGCCGGACGGUACCGGACUGUCGUGUUCGCUGGCCGACAAGAUCAAGCUGUAAAAGGUCGUCCCAGGUCGGGUUCGUUCUACUUUUUACCGUCUUAAGUCACCUGCACACGCGCGCGCGCGCCUUCAAGGCGCUUCUUUUUCGCACACCGUUUUCUCUCGCAGUCUUUAAUAGCCAUAAUAAUGUACGCUUGUUACAACAGCAAGUGGUUUAACGGUUGUACGUACCUUUGAACUCUCUUUCGCUCGAUAAUAAUUAUGAACUAGGACACCGCACAUGGAAGCACGGGCUAGCCCAACAGGGUUCGGCAUCAUCACUAGAUAUUCUCUUCUCCUUAUCAUCUGGCUUAAGGAUCAAUUACCAGUGCAUACCGUAGGAUAGAAAUAUGAAUUGAAAUAACGAUUGAAAUUCUAAAACCUCUUAUCGCUGUGGAAUGUCUGUUAGUUAGCCUGUGUUUGGGUUUGAUCGCUGCUUUGUGACGAUCGAUACGAUCGAGUGCUUUUUUCGAACCCAGUUCUGGUCCUUUUUGGAGUUUCCAUUGAGCAGUAGAGUAAUGGAGAGACAAAAUAUAUCAAACCUGCAUCCCGAGAACAAUAACUAGUUGGAUACAUGAUUAGGAAUAGGAAUUAGUGCCACAAAAACACACUUACACACACACACACUGGACCCGACACUACUCAACGAUUUGACCGACACACACUCACACACACAUUUGCUAGCAAAAUAUAUUUCUCUACAUUGAUGUUCCCUCAAAGCACAUCCAACCGAACAGCAAGAGACGUAUGUUGCCGCUUUACGAUGUCAAUUCCCGAACAAAAAUCAAUCAGCAAAUGCAAAUGGCCAAACGUCGAUCACACAGGGCCACAGUAGAGUAGCGUGAAGAACGGAAAGAGCGUUGUGGUUGAAGUGAAAUUGGUUGGAUUUAAAAAUGAAGAUGGAAUAAACAUCAGAAUGCAUGCAAAGUACUACA